AUGGUUGUUGCUACCAUCAAGUGCGUCGUGGUGGGGGACGGUGCUGUCGGAAAGACUUGUCUGCUCAUCUCCUACACAACCAACAAGUUCCCUUCGGAAUAUGUUCCCACCGUUUUUGACAACUACGCUGUUACUGUGAUGAUCGGCGAUGAACCCUAUACCCUUGGUCUUUUUGAUACCGCCGGUCAGGAAGAUUACGACCGACUUCGCCCGCUAUCCUACCCUCAAACAGAUGUCUUCUUGGUCUGCUUCUCCGUAACCUCGCCAGCCUCAUUCGAGAACGUCCGCGAAAAGUGGUUCCCCGAAGUCCACCAUCACUGCCCUGGUGUCCCCUGCCUUAUCGUCGGUACCCAGACUGAUUUGCGCGACGAUGCGAACGUGCGCGAGAAGCUCGCUCGCCAGAAGAUGCAGCCCAUCCGUAAGGAGGAUGGUGACCGUAUGGCCAAGGAACUCGGUGCGGUGAAAUAUGUGGAGUGUUCUGCUUUGACGCAGUACAAGCUUAAGGAUGUCUUCGAUGAGGCUAUCGUCGCUGCUCUCGAGCCCGCCCCGAAAAAGAAGUCGAGGGGCUGCCGCCUGCUGUGA